AUGUCCGGCACGCGCAUCUACGUGGGCAACUUGCCCAUGGACGUCCGCACGCGCGAAGUCGAAGACAUUUUCUACAAGUACGGCCGCAUCCGCGACAUUGACGUCAAGUUCCCCUCGCGGCCGCCCGCGUUUGCGUUUGUCGACUUUGAAGACGCGCGCGACGCCGACGACGCGAUCCGCGGGCGCGAUGGCUACGACUACGACGGGGCGCGUCUGCGGGUCGAACUCGCGAACGGCGGGCGGCGCGACGCGGGAUGCGACCUGUCGGCCCGUGGGUCGGCGACCCGCUACCCGCGCAACAUUCGCGGGUCGGGCGACUUCACCGUCACGGUCUCGAACCUCCCGCCGCGCGUGUCGUGGCAGGACCUCAAGGACUUUAUGCGCAAAGCGGGGGACGUGGUGUUCACGGAAGUAGACGGCCACGGCGGCGGCGUCGUCGAGUUCAGCAACAAGCGCGACCUCAAGUACGCCGUGGAGAAACUGGACGACACGGAGUUUCGCGGCCGCAGCGAGAACGCGUUCGUGCGGGUGCGCGCCAAAGGCAGUCGCGGAGGCCGCAGCCAGAGCCGCAGUCGCAGUCGCUCGCGGAGUCGCAGUCGGUCCGCGCGCCGCUCGAGCAAGAAGCGCAGUCGCAGCCGCAGCAGCGAAGACAGGAGCCGAGAAGCCGAUGGCCGAUCGAAGAAGAGCCGACGCAGUCGCUCGAUCGACGACGACGACGAGGAGCGCAGGGCGGACGAGAGGAGCGACAGUGGGGACCGUGAGGACAAGCAGGACAAGCAGGACAAGGACGGUAAGGAAGCCGAGCUUAGUGCCGAAACUGCUGGUACGUGUGACAAGCAGGAGACGACGACGGACGAUGCGUCGAAGACAAAGGACGGCGGCGUUGACGACGACGACGACGAGAUGCGAAGCGAAAAGGACGACAGUGCGGCUGAAUCAGCGGCACAGGAGGAACGGAAGGCGGACGAGUAG